AUGGCAUACGAGCUGGAAGAACUUUGGAGUAAGUUAACUUUUACGGAAGAAGAGGGAGAGGAUAUAGAACUAGGAUGCGAGAGCACAAGGGCGGCGAGGGAGAUCGGAAAAAAUUGUUUAGUGAUGAAGAUACUCACGCAGCGCUUCAUUGUCCUAGACGCACUCCGAAAACACUUGAAGAUGCUAUGGAAACCGAACAAGGGUUUAUGGAUAUCAGAAAUAGAAGGGGAAAUGUUCCUGGUGGAGUUUGGAGAUUGUAGGGACAAAAAACGAAUCUUGGAGAUGUGUCCUUGGAGCUAUGAGAAACAACUUGUACUUUUACAGGAGUUUGAGGGUGAAAGAGUUCCAAAGGAAAUCACUAUGAAGUGGACUCCUUUUUGGGUGCAAAUAUACAACCUCCCUCUGAUGAGCACGACUCAAGAAUCCGAUCUGGUGAUAGGUGGAAAAAUUGGUAGGGUGCUUGAUGUGGAUGUGCCUGAGAAGGGUGUUCAGUGGGGUAAGUACCUGCGGGUGAGGGUCAGUGUUGACGUCAAGAAAAAGCUGGUCAGGGGGAAGAAAGUAACCAUCGAAGGAGGAGAAGCCAAAUGGGUUUUCUUUAAAUACGAACGGUUACCUAACUUCUGUUACCAGUGUGGGAGAUUGGAUCAUGGCGUGAAGGAAUGUAAGGAAGGAGCAGGUUCGGAAAACAUAGCAAGUGAUGAGGGAAUGCAAUAUGGAGCUUGGCUUAGAGGUGAACCAGGGAGAAGGGGAGGUUGGGAGCAAGGAAGAAUGGGGGACGAAAAUGACGGAGAAGGCAGGCAGUAUAAGGGGGUGACGAUGAGAAAGAAGCACGUCGAUGACACGUUCCGGCGAUAA